ACGUCAGAGCCGGUGACAAUUCCAUACUUUGCCUAUACAAUAAUAGCAAACACGGCGGCAUCGCAAGCAGUCUUAUAAACUUGCACCUGUAACUCGACAGACGCCGACAACAAGCCCAAAAUGGCGCGGAUCUGUGCCGUUGCUGGACUAGUUGUGGUGCUUGCCAUGACCUUGCCAGCGGCGAUCCAGGGUCACGCGGGUCACUUUCACCUGUGUCCGGACACGCCCAGCGGCCGCAACUACGUGCGCUAUGAGAUCGGCAGCUGCAGCAGCUUCACCACCCUGAACACCACUGCCAACAUCACUGCCACUGGCAAGGUCACUGUCUGGCUGUACGCCUACCAGAACUGCUCCGACCAGCUGUCCACAGCGCUUGAGUUCAACACGGUCCUGUACGCCAACGGCGCGCCCCUGUCGCUGACCAACACCACCGGUGCCGCCUACACGGGCCUUUGCGCCGACCCCAACAAGUCGAUCUACGUGGACGAUGCAUCUCUGGGCACCAGCGUUGAUGAGAACUACAUCUUUUGGAACCCCACCCUGACCCGCGACAACGGCACCUUCUGCGGCAACGCCGCCAACAGCAUCGUCGCCCGCACCGUCAACUCGAGUGGCGUGCUGCAGUCCAGCCCAAUGCAGUCGUUCACGCUGUCCACCCCCGACUCGGGCCCCGCCCUGUGCUGCGACUUUACGCUGCUGCCGCAGCCGCCCCUGAUCGCAAUCGUCAACCAGACCGCCGCCUGCUACGUGCCGCCGUCGCCCGCCCCCUCGCAGCGCCCGCCGCCCCCUCCCCCUUCCGGCGGUGCCGCGGCGUCGCUCCGUGUCGCCGUGUCUGCGCUAUUUGGCGUGGUGCUGGCGCUGGCCCUGGUGUGGCUGUAAGCUAUUGCGCCUGAGCUGCUAAUGCUGUUCAUAAAGAUUAGCUGCAUACAGUGAGCACGAGCGUUGCGCGGCUUUGCAUAUUUAGUAGGGACUUCAAGUGCGUGAGUGGUGUGUUUGGUUGUGGAGUCGGGAUGCCAUGCGCUCGGAUUGAGCGGAAUCUGAAGGACGCUAGGCGGCUCGUAUUUGAAGCUGUCAGCUGUUUCGUGUCUAUAUCUCUCGAAGCACGCCGCAACAGCUUGUGAUAUUUGCAUCGGGGUGUGGUUUGUAUGGCGCUCGUUUCUAUGUAUGGGGCAAAGUAAUGCUCAAAUGUGUCGUGACAUAGUUUUGGCUUUGUCUCAUCCUCUCGGGGAGGACGGCAUUGCGGUGAAUGUAAGGCCGUGCGUCAGGCCACGCGUGAGCGUAGCGCAAUGACGCAUGGCAAAAGUGAACCUAAUAUCUCUCCAGCUUCCCAGAUAAAGCGGCACGCGGGGCGGAAGGAGUAUCAACUCACCCGUUAAGCUGACUCGUACGUUAUGGUGCACUGGGACUUGCAAGAGUGAAUGCCUGUCGCUCCUCUGUUGCUCACUGCACAGGAGUACGCCAAGUCGCAUGCUGCUGUGGAUUUAGGGAUGCGUGCACAGCCGGGCAGGCGCGGGGUCGGCCCGUGUGUGUGUGUGUGUGUGGUUACGGAGGCUUAGGCUUGAGCGAUCUGUGUAAGGGCAGCGGACUACUGGUCACGUAUGGAGGUCGUGUAAGGCUUCAUGUGUGGAGGCGUCACCUGCCCUGUCUUCACGGCUCAUGUCGAGCGUUGACUGCAGCACGGACGUCAACGCGAGACCACACGUAGAUAGGACCUGUGCGCAGCUGGAUGUAAGAGAGGAGGCGGAGGCGUUCACCCUCUUUUGCCGUCCAGCAAGGCCUGUCGACGAGGGGAGGCCGCUUCAGCGGCCGACAGCCCCCUUACACCCCGCCACCUGACCCCAAGUUGGUCGCAAACGCAUUGGGCGAAGGUCCCCUGUGGCUGCUCCGUGCGGGUGGGGCGCGGCGCCUGGACUGCGGGGGGAGCCCCGCUAACCCCGAGACCAGGAGAACCUGAAAGGCCGCGGCUGCUGUAGUUAGGACCUGACACC